AUGGACGCCCACGCCGUGCCCCGCGCCGCCGCCGCCGUCGACCUCCGCUGGCUGCUCUCCGUGGCCGCCGGCGCCGUCUCCGCGCUGCUGCUGCUGCUCCUCGCCGCCUCCCCCGCGGCGCCGUUCCACCACCUCCGCCCGGCGUCCCUCUUCCUCGCGCCCUCCCGCCGCGCGCUGCCGCCGCUCUUUGUUGAGUCCACCCUGUCGUCCUCGUCUGCGACACCAGCCACACCACCCCCGUCGCUGCCGCCGCCGCCUCCCCGCUUCGCCUACCUCAUCUCCGGCUCCGCCGGGGACGCCCCGAUGCUGCGCCGCUGCCUCCUCGCGCUCUACCACCCGCGCAACAGCUACAUCCUCCACCUCGACGCGCAGGCCCCGGACUCCGACCGCGCCGACCUCGCCACCUUCGUCGCCGCACACCCCGUCCUCUCCGCCGCCGCCAACGUGCGGGUCAUCCUAAAGGCCAACCUCGUCACCUACCGCGGCCCCACCAUGGUCACCACCACGCUGCACGCCGCCGCCGCCUUCCUCUGGGGCCGCGGCGCCGGCCGCGGCGCCGACUGGGACUGGUUCAUCAACCUCUCCGCCUCCGACUACCCGCUCGUCACGCAGGAUGAUUUGAUGCAUGUGUUCUCGAAGCUGCCACGUGAUCUCAACUUCAUCGAUCACACAAGCGACAUUGGCUGGAAAGCAUUUGCAAGGGCGAUGCCAAUGAUCGUAGACCCAGGGCUCUACAUGAAGACAAAGGGAGAAUUGUUCUGGAUACCCGAGAGGAGGAGCUUGCCGACAGCUUUCAAACUCUUCACUGGGUCUGCGUGGAUGGUGCUAUCUCGGCCGUUCGUGGAGUACCUGAUCUGGGGGUGGGACAACCUCCCACGGACGGUGCUGAUGUACUACGCCAACUUCAUCUCGUCGCCGGAGGGCUACUUCCACACCGUCGCCUGCAACGCCGACGCCUUCAAGAACACCACCGUCAACAGCGACCUCCACUUCAUCUCCUGGGACAACCCGCCCAUGCAGCACCCGCACUACCUCGCCGCCGGCGACUGGGACCGGAUGCUCGCCAGCGACGCCCCCUUCGCCCGCAAGUUCCGCCGCGACGAGCCGGUGCUCGACAGGAUCGACGCCGACGUCCUGUCGCGGAGGCCCGGCAUGGUCGCACCCGGGGCCUGGUGCGGCGCCGCGGCGGCGGUGGCGGCGGCGGGGGGCGGCAACAGCAGCAGCAGCAGUGCAAGCGACGUCGACCCAUGCGCCGCCGCCGUGGCCGGCCGCGGCGAGAGCGAGACGGCGCUCCUGCUGCGGCCGGGCCCUGGCGCGGAGCGGCUGCAGCGGCUCGUCACGUGGCUGCUGUCGGAGCAGAACUUCCGGCCGAGGCAGUGCAAGGUGGCGGAGGCGAACUGAGCUGAGCUCUCUCCGGCGCGGCUUAGCUAGCUUGGCGCGCGAGCGCGCAUCCAAGGUGCACGCGAUGCCGUCCAUGUAGGACGAGAUCGAGCUUGAAGGCCCUGGAUACCUGAUGAUGCAUGCGUAUAUAUAUAUAGGUUCAUGCAUGACGAUUGACAUGCACCUGAAUACCUGAUCGAUGAUGACGGUGUAAACAUGUAUGUAUGUAUGGUGUAAUGCUGGCAAGGUGGUAAGUACAUGAUGCUAGAGAACACAUGGUAUAUAUAUGUACACUGUAAAAGAAUAGAAUUACAAGCAUAUGGGAGGGAGAUAAAUGUGUGUUAUACGGGGAAACCCUUUUAAUCCAUAUCAAAGGAUAUCUUAUCGU